CAACACUGCAAGAAGUUCUGAAUUCUGACCACACUGGUUAAGUCUCGACCCGGUUACACGGACAAGAAUGAUAGAGAAGAGAGAGACAAUAUACUGAAGAAGAUAGAAGAGAGCAGAGGAGAAGUCUGGCUUCUGGUUCUGGCUACUGCGUGUACCUGCUGCUAAGCUGCAAAUUGCAAUAGCUAGGUGGAAGAAACCACUGUUCUGACACAGAAGUACGAUAAAGUGACUGAAGGAGAGAGAGAAGGGGAAGCAAAUUGGUGGUUGAAGCAGCAAGUUUGUCGGUGAAGUUGUAUAAGCUUUGGUUCUAGGCUUCAGACUGAAGAUUUGCUUCUAUCACCAAGGUAUAAAUCUAGUGAUGGUUGAUUAGAGAGAGAAUUUCUUAGGUUGUAUGAAGUAUAGCUUUUAAAUGAGAGAUCGGAGUUGAGGAAAGAGGGAUUUAUGGAUUCUACGGAGAUUUCAACAAAGGGUAACGGUGGAAACGCAAGGGGAGAAAGCUUCUCUUCGGGUCAUAGCGAACCCAACGACCACAGGAACACCAUGGAAGGGCAGAAAAGUCAUUCUACUCGUCCCAUCUCUGCAAGAGACGCUGAAACAGCGCUCUACACGGAGUUGUGGCAUGCCUGUGCCGGUCCUUUGGUAACCGUUCCUCGGGAAAGAGAGCGCGUAUUCUACUUCCCUCAGGGACACAUCGAACAGGUGGAGGCGUCCACAAAUCAGUUGGCAGACCAACAAAUGCCAGUUUAUGAUCUUCCAUCUAAGAUAUUGUGUACUGUGAUCAACGUCCAGUUGAAGGCCGAACCAGACACCGAUGAGGUAUUCGCGCAAGUGACUUUGCUUCCUGAUCCCAAUCAAGACGAAAGUGCAAUAGACAAAGAGGCUCCUCUACCUCCACCACGAUUUCGUGUGCAUUCAUUUUGUAAAACCUUAACUGCCUCAGAUACGAGCACCCAUGGUGGGUUUUCUGUGCUUAGACGACAUGCAGAUGAAUGUCUGCCGCCUCUGGAUAUGUCAAGGCAACCUCCCACGCAGGAAUUGAUGGCGAAGGAUUUGCAUGGAAAUGAAUGGCGUUUCAGGCAUAUCUUUCGGGGUCAACCACGGAGGCACUUACUUCAGAGCGGAUGGAGUGUAUUUGUUAGCUCCAAAAGGCUUGUUGCUGGGGAUGCCUUUAUAUUUUUAAGAGGUGAGAAUGGGGAACUUCGAGUUGGUGUUAGACGUGCUAUGAGGCAGCAGGGUAACGUUCCUUCAUCUGUCAUAUCUAGUCAUAGCAUGCAUCUAGGUGUGCUUGCUACAGCAUGGCAUGCCAUCUCUACAGGAACCAUGUUCACUGUUUAUUAUAAGCCAAGGACCAGCCCUGCUGAGUUCAUUGUUCCAGUUGAUCGGUACAUGGAGUCUAUCAAGAACAAUUAUUCAGUUGGAAUGAGGUUUAAAAUGAGAUUUGAAGGGGAAGAAGCUCCCGAGCAAAGGUUCGGCUUGUUCUUGUUGAGAUUUACAGGCACAAUUGUUGGAAUUGAAGAUGGUGAUCCCAAAAGGUGGCGAGAAUCUAAAUGGAGAUGCCUGAAGGUGAAAUGGGAUGAAACUUCUACUAUACCUCGUCCUGAGAGAGUUUCACCAUGGAGUAUAGAGCCUGCCUUGGCUCCUCCUGCACUGAAUCCCCUUCCCAUGCCCAGGCCUAAAAGACCCCGAUCCAAUAUGGUUCCCUCAUCCCCAGACUCCUCUGUUCUUACUAGAGAAGGUUCAUCCAAAGUGACUUUUGAUCCUCAACCUCCAAGUGGAUAUUUGAGGGUCUUGCAAGGUCAAGAAUUCCAGACCUUGAGAGGUAAUUUUGCUGAGUGCAAUGAAUCGGACACUGUUGAAAAAUCUGUGGUGUGGCCAUCUUCUUUAGAAGAUGAGAAGGUUGAUUCUGUAUCUGCUUCAAGUAGACAUGGAUCAGACUGGAUUCUCUCUGGGGGACCAAAGCCAACAUGCACAGAUUUGUUAUCAGGCUUUGGGACGCAUGUUGAUUCCUCCCACAGGUUUGGUGCACACAUUGUUGAUCAAACAUCAACAGCUGCUAGUAGAAAACUUGUAUUAGAACAGGAAGGCAAGUUUAACUUGCUUGCAAGCCCAUGGUCCUUGAUGUCAUCUGGUCUCUCUCUCAAGUUAUCAGAUUCUAAUACAAAGGUUCCUGAGAAAGAUUGUGAUAUGGCUUUUGAAGCACGAGGAAAUAUCAGAUGCAGUGCAUUUAAUGAGUAUGCAAUGCUUAAUGGUCAUAGAGUUGAGCAGUCUCAUGGAAAUUGGUUAAUGCCUCCCCCACCAUCUCAUUUUGAUAAUCAUGCUCAUGCAAGAGAGCUAGGUCGAAAACCAAUUUUGGUACGAGAGCACGAGAUUGGGAAAUCCACUGAUGGAAAGUGCAAGCUGUUUGGCAUUCGCUUGUUUAAUAAUCCCGUUAUGCCAGAAUCAGCAGCUUCACAUAGAAACUUGGUCGAUGAUCCCAUGAGUUGUAUACAUCCGCAGAGUCACCAGCUUCAUGUACUGGACUCAGAUAGGUCAGAACAAUCCAAGGGUUCUAAAAUGGCAGAUGAAAAUGAAUAUGAGAAACAAUUGCAAGCUGGUCUCCUGCACACGAGUGUGAAUCAAAGCAAAGUUCAAAGUGUUUCAACUAGGAGUUGUACUAAGGUUCACAAGCAGGGGAUUGUACUAGGGAGAUCUGUUGAUCUUACCAAGUUCAACAACUAUGACGAGUUGGUUGCUGAAUUGGAUCGCUUGUUUGAAUUUGAUGGUGAACUAAUGGCUCCCAAAAAGAAUUGGCUAAUUGUAUAUACCGAUGAUGAGGGAGAUAUGAUGCUUGUUGGUGAUGAUCCCUGGCAGGAAUUUGUUGGAAUGGUUCGCAAGAUCUUUAUCUAUACCAGGGAGGAGGUACAGAAGAUGAAUCCAGGGACCUUAAAUUCAAAGGGUGAUGAGAAUCUCUUGGAUGCGGAGGGUAUGGAUGCAAAAGAAUUAAAAUGUUUACCACUUCCUCCGGUGCAUAAUACUGAAAUUUGUUAGGUUUUUGUCAAAAGCGAGCAGGCGAGUGUGUUAUGCUUAUUUCAACUGAAAAAGUUGGGAUGGGUGCAAGUCUUCAUCGUUUAAGAUGGUAGGCUUGGUGGCGUUUCAGAAAAAGUUGGCAAGAAUGAUAUGAUGCCCGAUUUUGGAACUGUUAAUGGAGUUGGUAUUUUGUGGUGUCCAGUUACAGAAUAUAUAUAUAUAUAUAUAUAUAGAUAGAUAGAUAUAUAUACCCCUCUCAUGCUAUAAGCAUGGCAAUAGUAGCCCUGCGUAUUUUUAAAGAAUUCCACCCUGUACAUAGUAUGACCCUCUCCUCUGCCUACCUUUCAAUGCAAGUUGAUACAUCGUCUAGUGGUUUUUUGCGCAGGCCUACAAUGUUCUAAUGUUCAUUUUGUUGGUCUCGCUCUCUCUCUCUCGCUCGCUAUAUAUAUAUCUCAUCUGUUUUACUUGCU